UGGCAGCACUUCGUAAAGCAGCAGGAGGGCGUCUAAGACUGACUUCCGUGGGUUGCAAAGAGCCGCGAGCCUCCCUGUUCGGACGGAGUGUGACAGUCAGCCGGGGUCUGGGGUCAGCUGGGUCCUCAGGAUCCCGGGAUGGCGGCGGCGUUCAUGGACCCGGCGCAGGUGUCUGUGACUUUUGAAGAUGUGGCUGUGACUUUCACCCAGGAAGAGUGGAGGCAGCUGGAGCCCGCUCAGCAUAACUUGUACCGGGAGGUGAUGCUGGACGUCUGUGGGCUGCUGGUCUCGCUGGGGUGUCCUGUUCCCAGACCUGAGCUGAUCUGCCAUUCGGAGCACAGGCCGGAGCUGUGGACAGUGAAGAAACACCUCUUCCAAAGCACCUGUCUAGAUGACAAAAGAGAACGCAAGAACACAGAACCUAAUGCACGUGAGCCAGCCCUGUCUGAGGUGGCUUCACUCCAGGGACAACUAAAGCAAGGAGCCUCAGGGGACUCCCAGCUGGUGCAAGCCAAGGAUCAGGAUGGGGCAUCAGCAAGGCAGGAAGGACACUUGAGACUGGGGGUUGACCUCCAGAGCAAGAAGCUUCCUGGGAAAAUGAUCCCUGAAGAUGGUGUUUUAGGGACUGCUGAAGACCUGUGUUCCCGGAAUGUACAGGAACAAGCCGCUCCAGGAAGCACUGUCGGUGAGCAGAACUCCCACGGGCCAGGUACAUGUCCCAUGACUCCGGAAGAAGAAAAUAGUUUUAAAUGCAGUGAAUGUGGGAAGGUGUUUAACAAGAAACGCCUCCUUGCUCAGCAUGAGAGGAUUCAUUCUGGGGUGAAGCCCUACGAAUGCACGGAGUGUGGGAAGACCUUCAGCAAGAGCGCAUACCUCCUUCAGCAUCACAUGGUCCACACUGGGGAGAAGCCCUAUAAGUGCAUGGAGUGUGGCAAGGCCUUCAACCGCAAGUCACACCUCACGCAGCACCAGCGGAUUCACAGCGGAGAGCAGCCUUACAAGUGCAAUGAAUGUGGGAAGGCCUUCACUCACCGCUCCAGUUUCGUCUUACAUAACAGAAGCCACACUGGGGAGAAACCCUUUGUGUGCAAAGAAUGUGGUAAAGCUUUCCGAGACAGGCCUGGUUUCAUCCGCCACUACAUCAUCCACAGCGGGGAGAAUCCCUAUGAGUGCUUCGAGUGUGGCAAGGUCUUCAAGCACAGGUCCUACCUCAUGUGGCACCAGCAGACUCAUACUGGGGAGAAGCCCUAUGAGUGCAGUGAGUGUGGGAAAGCUUUCUGUGAGAGUGCGGCCCUGAUUCACCACUAUGUCAUCCACACCGGGGAGAAGCCCUUUGAGUGCCUGGAGUGUGGGAAGGCCUUCAACCACAGGUCGUACCUUAAGAGGCACCAGCGGAUUCACACCGGGGAGAAGCCUUACGUGUGCAACGAAUGUGGGAAAGCCUUCACCCACUGCUCUACAUUCAUCUUGCAUAAGAGGGCCCACACUGGAGAAAAACCUUUUGAGUGCCAAGAGUGUGGGAAAUCCUUUAGCAAUAGAGCAGACCUCAUUCGACACUUCAGCAUCCACACUGGAGAGAAGCCCUAUGAAUGCGCAGAGUGUGGAAAGGCCUUCAACCGCAAGUCAGGCCUCACAAGGCACCAGCGGACUCACAGCGGAGAGAAGCCCUACGAAUGCGUCGAGUGUGGGAAAUCCUUUUGCUGGAGUACAAACCUCAUUCGCCACUCCAUCGUCCACACUGAAGAGAUGCCCUAUGAGUGCAGUGAAUGUGGAAAGGCCUACCGUCGCAGCUCAUCCCUUAUUCAGCAUCAAAGGAUGCACACGGGGAGAAACCCUGUCAAUGUAGCAGAAGUAGGAAGACCUUUUGCAAAUGAGCAAACCUCUGUCAACAUCCAAGAAUUACUUUUGGGGAAUGACUUCUUGAAUGUAACUACUAAAGAAAAUCUUUUGCAGAAGGAAACAUCUUGCGUGCUGUCUGACCAUUCUUACCACAGAGAAACCCCACAAGUGUCUUCACUCUGAGAAAAUCUAUUUGCAGAAUACACUGGUCAUCUAAACAGUUUUUUGUUUUGUUUUGUUUUUUAUCCCCCCCCCUCCCUUUUUUUUUUGACAGGCAGAGUGGACAGUGUGAGAGAGAGACAGAGAGAAAGGUCUUCCUUUGCCGUUGGUUCACCCUCCAAUGGCCGCUGUGACCGGCAUACUGCGCCUAUCCAAAGGCAGAAGCCAGGUGCUUCUCCUGGUCUCCCAUGGGGUGCAGGGCCCAAGCACUUGGGCCAGCCUCCACUGCACUCCCUGGCCACAGCAGAGAGCUGGCCUGGAAGAGGGACAACCGGGACAGAAUCCAGUGCCCCAACCGGGACUAGAACCUGGUGUGCCAGCGCCGCAAGGCGGAGGAUUAGCCUAGUGAGCCGCGGCGCCGGCCUAUCUAAACAGUUCUAUUAGCAAUUGACCCAGUUUAUAAGCCUUAUUCUCCUAAGAAGUCACAGAGAGACCCACUAGUUAUUGUGCAAAUAGGAAAACCAAACUUCCUCUUUCUCCUUAAAAUUUUUUUUAUAAAAAAGAGAUCAUAAUUGGAGAGAAGAGAAAAUGAAAUGCAAACACUGCUUCACAGUGCUGUGCUGAGUCUGUGACACUAGAUCAUGGAGUUCCUAGUUUAUUGGUGUGGAAGUGGGCCUUGGUGCUCUACGCGUGUCUUGUGUAUGCACCCAUUGCGGCCUAGGGUCAAGAGAGGUAGAAUGUUGUAGGAACAUUUGGAAACUUACCAGGUAUCUUCCAUGUUCCACAACAUUGUUUCUCUUCUUGUGGGGCACAAUUUUCAUGAGAAAUAUGAAGACUUGAGUUCUAAAGUGCUUCUAUAUAAGGAGCCAAGGAAACAUAUGAAUGGGCACAUUUUAUUGUACCACUUAAGACUUUUAUCUAUUUGAUUUUUAGAAAAAAAAGUAUGUGGUUUUAAACACAAAACAUUCAGAAUACUUUCUUGAUCCCAAUUUGAUUGUAUAUUUUAUUGCUGUAGCUAUGGUAAAUCUUAAAAUUGGGUAAAGUGAUUACCUUGUUCCUAUUUAAAAUGGAUUUUGCAUUCUUAGCUCCUCUGACCUUCCAUAAACAUUUUAGGUUUUGAUUUUCUGUUUUUACAAAGAAAUCGUCCUCAGAUUUCAAUACAAAAUAUGUUAAAUCUAUGGAUCAGUCUGUUGAGAAUCAGCUUUAUUGUGUUCAGUCUUCUAGUUCAUGAACAUAGAAGUAUCUAAGUAUUCCUUGUUUUAUUUCAUUAUUCUCUUAUAACACACAGGGUAUAGCUUCUGUACAUUUCAAAUUAGAUUUAUAGCUUCAUUUUUGCUUUGAUUACAAAUAUAUUUAUAUAUAAAGCUUAAAUCUUCACAUGGUGGGGCACCAUUGGGGUAUAGUCUGUUAAGCUGCUACUUGUAGCAUCAGCAUCCCAUAUUGGAUGUGUUAAUUUGGGUCUUGGCUGCUCCAGUCCCAAUCCAGCAUUCUGAUAAAGUUACUGGGAAGGCAACAGAUGGUGCCCCAAGUGCUUGGUACCCUGUCACUCAAGUGUGAGACCAGGAUAGAGUUCCUACAUCCUGGCUUUGGCCUGGCCCGGCGCUGGCUGUCAUGGGCAUUUGAGGAGUAAACCAUUAGAUGGGAGGUUUCUCUAGUCUUUCCAUCUGUGUCACUCUGCCUUUCAAAUAAAUAAGUAUUACAAAAUCUUUUACAUGGUAUUUGAUCAUAUACAGAAAUAUCACUUUAAAAAUUUUUGACAUCCUACAACCUUGCUAAAUACACAUGUAAGUUUCUACUUCUUUCAGAGAAUCCUUGGGAUUUUAUGUGUGGAGAUGUGAUAUGCAAAUAGAGGCACUUGUAUUUCCUCCUUCCCAUCUGUGUACCUUUAUUUUUCUUGAGUUACUUCUUUCAGUAUGAUUUCCACUAUGAUGCCAAAUGGGAAUAGUAAGAAAUCUUCCAUACCUGGUUUGUGAUACUUGGCAAAAAUGUUCAGUCUCUCAUUAGUAUGAUGUUAUAAAUUUUCUCAUACAGUUUUCAUUCAACUUCAGAAGGUUUACCCUAGUAUUUUACUGAGUUUCUUUUUAGUGACUUGGAUUUUGUCAGAAACUUUUUCUCCAUCAGUUGCUGUGAUCAUGCAGUUACUCAGUUGUCUGUUGUGAUAUACUGCAUUGAGUUUUAGAUAGUGAGCCAGCUUUUCAUCCUGGGAGUAAGCACCACUUGGUUAUGUGGAAUAGUUUUUUAUUAUAUUACGUAUUGCAUUUGUUAGUAUUUUCUUCUAAUUUCAUUAGUGAAAUUGCUGUCAUUGUCUUAUUUUAAUGUCCAGGUAAUAGUAGCCAUCCCACCCACACACUCCUGAAUUGGAAGAUACUCUCUCUUCAAUUAUCUGGAAGAUAGUUUGUAGAGCUAGUGUUGUUUAAUAUGUGGUAGCAUUCUCCAGUAGACUAUUUGGACCUAUAGACUCUUUCUUUUGGUUUUUAGAUUAUGUAUUUAUUUUAUUUAAUAAGUUUAGAACUAUUCAGAAUGUUUCAUACUGGAAGAAUUAUAAUUCUUUUCAAUGAAUUGUAAAAUUGUAAUUGUAAAAAAUAUAUAAUUUCUAAUUUGCAGCAUUGUUUCAGGCAUUCCUUUAUUAUCCUGCUGAUGACAUGAGGAUGUUUACUUGUAGUCCCGUUUAUUCUGAUAUUGUAAAUGCAUCCAUCCUGUUACCCCAUUGUGCCACAAAAGUUGGCCCACAAAAUAUAUCCAUUUUCUUGAUCUUUAUCAUUCUUAGACAUUUAUCAAUAUCAUUUGUUAUGUUAAAGAACCAGUGUUUGGCCAGCGCCUUGACUCACUAGGCUAAUCCUCUGCCUGCGGCGCCGGCACCCCGGGUUCUAGUCCCGGUUGGGGCACGGGAUUCUGUCCUGGUUGCUCCUCUUCCAGUCUAGCUCUCUGCUGUGGCCUGGGAGUGCAGUGGAGGAUGGCCCAAGUGUUUGGGCCCCUGCACUGAUGUGGGAGACCAGGAGGAAGCUCCUGGCUUCGGAUCGGCGUAGCUCUGGCGUUGUGGCCAUUUGGGGAGCAAACCAACAAAAGGAAGACCUUUCUCUCUCUCUCUCUCUCUCACUGUAACUCUACCUGUCAAGUAAAUAAAUAAACGUCUUAAAAAAAAAAAAAAAACAAUACAUUACAUCACUGAAUUUUCCUGUUUUCUUAAUACACUGAUUUCUGCUCUUUAUACCCUUAUGUUUCAUGUACUCGGCUAUUAAUAAUUUCUUGAAGUGGAUCUAUAGAUUAUUAAUUUGAGGGUGUUUUUCCUUUUUGUAAAUGAAAGAUCUAUUUAUUUGAAAGGCAGGUCAGCAGAGAGAGCAUGCACAUGCUUUCAUCUGGUUCACUCCCUGAAUGGCUGCAACAGAAGGGUCUGGGCCAGACCAAAGCCAGGUACCAAGAAUUCCAUCAGGUGUCCCACAUGGGUGGCAGGGCCGUCUUCCACUGCCUUCUCCAGGCACACUGGCAGGAGCUGGAUUGGAAGCAAAGUAGCCAGGACUUUAACUGGCAUUCUGAUGUGGGAUGCUGGUGUCACAGGCAGCUUAACCCACUGUGCCACAAAGCUGACCCUCCCCCCACUUUUUUCUUUCCUUACACAUGGCACAUGGAUUAAGUCCUAUGGAUUUCCAUUACAGCACUGUUGCCUUCAUCCCACAAGGUUUAAUGUUUUGAUUAUAAUUUCUUUGUUUCUAAAAUUAUUGGAUUUCUUUUGAGACUACUUCUCUAACUUAUGAAUUAUUUGGAAGUACAUUUCAUUUCCUGGUAUUUGCAAGAUUUCCUGCUGUUUCUUAUUGAUUACUAGUGUGUUUUGCAUUUGCUCUCUCACUUUAAAUUUGUUGACUUUUUAAAAUGUCCCAGCAUUUGCUGGUCUGUCUUGUUAUAUAUGGCUGCUUGAAAGAAUGUGUGUUCUGGCCGGCGCCGUGGUUCACUAGGCUAAUCCUCCGCCUUGCGGCGCCAGCACACUGGGUUCUAGUCCCGGUUGGGGCGACGGAUUCUGUCCCGGUUGCCCCUCUUCCAGGCCAGCUCUCUGCUGUGGCCAGGGAGUGCAGUGGAGGCUGGCCCAAGUGCUUGGGCCCCGCACCCCAUGGGAGACCAGGAUAAGUACCUGGCUCCUGCCAUCGGAUCAGCGCAAUGCGCCGGCCGCGGCGGCCAUUGGAGGGUGAACCAACGGAAAAGGAAGACCUUUCUCUCUCUCUCUCUCACUGUCCACUCUGCCUGUCAAAAAAAAAGAAUAUGUAUUCUGUUUUCAUUGGGUGACAUUUCUUCUUUUUCUUUUUUUUAAGAUUUAUUUAUUUAUUUGAAAGUCAGAGUUACACAGAGAGAGGAGGAGAGGCAGAGAGAGAGAGGUCUUCCAUCCACUGGUUCACUCCCCAGUUGGCAGCCAAAGCUGCACCAAUCCAAAGCCAGGAACCAAGAGCUUCUUCCAGGUCUUCCCACACAGGUGCAGGGCCCAAGGACUUGGGCCAUCUUCCAUUGCUUUCUCAGGCCACAGCAGAGAGCUGGAUUGAAGUGGAGCAGUUGGGCCUUGAACCAGCUUUAGCUGCUAUGCCACAGCGCUGGCCCCUGGGUGAAAUUUCUGUAAAUGCCUCCUUGAUCCCAUUGAUUGAUGGUGUACUCAGAUAUUAUAUAUCUUUGCUGGCUUACUGUCUUGUAUUUCUAUCACUUGCUCAGAAUGGAAUGUUGAAGUCCUUAACUAUUAUUAGAGAGUUACCCUUCCUUUAAGUUAUAUCUAUCUUUGCUUUACUUAAUUCAAAGCUGUAAUUUUGAUACAUACACAUGUAGACUUGCUCUGUCCUCUUGGUGUAUUGAUCCUUGUAUCAUUAUGUAGUGCCACCUCCCUCCCCCACUCCUGUUAACGUUACUUGGUCCUGAAGUAUACUUUAUCUUGGUCCUGAAGUAUACUUUAUACUCCUGCACUUUCUGAUUAAUGUUUUCAGGCUUUAACUUUUUUCAUUGUUUCAGUUUAAGCGUUACCUUUAUGAUUGCAUUUGAAGUAACUUUUUUUAUGAUCAGCAUGUUCUUGGAUCAUCCUGUCCAUUUUGCAUGUCUGUCUUAAUUGGUAUAUUUAGACCUUUUAAGAUUAAAAUAAUUAAUUAUUGAUAUGUUAACACAUCUA